CCACCAACAGGUACUGCCAUUUUUAAGUCAUUUAAUACGAUUGCGCGUGCACAGGGGGGUUUAAAUCAGAUUGACGAAUACGGACCACGUGAUCCCCGGUUGCUUUUGUAAUGGCUUCCUGCACCACUCUCUAGACGCUUCGAAAACAUGGAAAACUGUAUGUUACAGCGUACAACCGCAAAUCAAAGCUGCCCCGUUGGCGUUCUUAGACGUUUUAAAAAUAAGCACAGGGCUACAGUAAAAAUAAGAGACGAAACGACAUCUGAAAGACCUCGAGAUGCUUUUAUUCCAGCUACCGGAAGACAUGCUCUACCUGAUCCUCUCCUAUUUGGAUCGCACGUCUCUCUGCCGUCUGUCCCAAGUUUGCAAGAAGUUUUACCAUUUCACUAACCGUGACACCGUCUGGAGGAGGAUAGCGAGCGAAUGCAUCAACACGGGAAUGACAAGACAAGGCACAGAUAUGUAUCCACAGAUUCCACUGAAGGAGAGGGUGAAGGUCUCUCAGAACUGGUCCAGGGGACACUGUAGGAGAGAGAUCAUGCUGAAGUGGAAGACAAACUUGUUGCCAUGGAUGCAGCUGGACGGUGAUGUGCUGUAUCUGUCUCAGGCAGCUGACAUCGGAGCGUACCAUCUCCAAGCGGGUGGGGGGAGGCUCCAGCAUAAGCCUUUGGCUCUGCAUUCAGGACACCGGGAGGAUGUGUGCAGAUUUGUUUUGACGGAUACGCACCUCAUCAGCGCUGGAGGAGAUGGCAAGAUCAUUGUUCACCACAGACGGAGCGCUUUCUGCAUGGAGUACUCCGGCCAUAAUCAGGAAGUGAACUGCGUUGACAGCAGAGGUGGGGUCAUCGUCAGUGGAUCCAGAGACAGAACCGCUCGGGUGUGGGCCCUGUCAUCCAGCCGACUUGGUGAGUGUUUGCACACCAUUCCGACGCUGGACAGGGUGUGGUCGGUGGCUAUCAGUCCAUCACAAAGCUCUUUUGUUACAGGCACGGCGUGCUGCGAUAAUUUCUCCCCGCUACGCAUUUGGGACAUUGAAAGGUGUCAGCUGGUGUCCUGUCUCGGCACUCAGUUCCGACGGGGCGCAGGUGUCCUCGACAUCGUCUUCGAGAAUCCCUUCCAGCUGCUCACCUGCGGCUACGACACCUACAUCAGAUACUGGGACCUCAGAGUCAGCUCAAGGAAGUGUGUCAUGGAGUGGGAGGAGCCUCAUGACAGCGCCCUCUAUUGUAUCCAGAGCGACGAGAACCACAUGAUCGCCAGUGGUUCCUCCUACUACGGCGUCGUGCGCCUGUGGGACAAGCGGCAGACCUACUGUUUACAAACCUUCCACCUGCCGUCAGCCACAAGCAGCCCGGUGUACUGCCUUCGCUUCAACACCUCGCACCUGUAUGCGGCCCUGGCCACCGCACUGUACGCGUUAGACUUCAAAGGACCAGCGCCAAGGGGACGGAGAUGACAGCGUCAACAGCAGAGGACUCUGUAUCAAACAUCAGUCCCUGCAGAGGGUUUACUUAUACCCCACAACAUCUCUGGUGCCACCUUAGGAGGUCGGGCCCUCUUUCACUCUUGUAAAAGUUUACAUUUUUGAAGUUUUCAGUGUUGUGCAGUAAUUUCAUACACCUUUAUCAUUUUCACUCGAUAAUGCUUUUUUUUUUUGGGAUUUCGCCUCCAAGAGCAGAUGGAAACGAUACAAGAAAUGACCCUCGUGUGCAAGGAAUUAUGGGAUACAUUUCUGGUCCACCUCUCUCGCAAUCCUAAAAGUUUUAACAGGGCAGCAUUUGCAUGCCAUUAGAGGACCACCACUGGAGGGAAACUUCAGCUCACCAAAGAUGCAGCCGUUGUAUCUCACUGUCCUGUACCGUAAAGAUCGCUCCCUCACUGCCCACAAUCAGUCAGUCAGUCUACCGUUCUAAAAGGGGAAUGAACUGAAUGUAUUGCAUUAAAGGGCACCUAGUAUUGUACACUGAAACAUGACGUAGUUAAACC